AUGGACCUGAUAACAUGGAUCGUGGCUGGUUUCAUUAUUCUCGUCUUCUACUUGCUACUGCGGGGACCAAACCCACGGCUUCCACCCAGUCCAGUUCGACCUUUGCCCGUUGUUGGCCAUCUCAUGCACUUGAAGGCAGACCUUAGGAGCCAGUUUCGAGAAUGGGCAGAGCAGUGUGGGGAUAUGUUCAGCCUCUAUAUGGGUGGCUCUCUGGUCGUUGUACUUAACGGAUAUGACGUGAUAAAAGAGGCAAUGGUCAAGAAAGGCGAUCUCAUGUCAGACAGACCACCAGUCUUCAUUGACCAGAUUUCCGGACUGUCUCAGAAGGGAAUUGUAUUUUCAAACGGACAGCUCUGGAAAGAACAAAAGUCUGUCUGUCUGUCGAUCCUUCGCUCAUUCGGCAUGGGGAAAAAUCUGCUGGCAGAGAAAAUACAAGAAGAGGUUGAUUGUUUCAUGACUUAUCUGGCCAGCCUGGAGGGAAACCCCACCGACAUUCACCUGCAUACAGGUGUCGUCAUAUCAAAUAUUAUUUGUUCUAUUUUGAUUGGUAAUCGUUUUGACUACGAUGAUGAGAAAUUCCAGGAUUUGUUGCAGAAACUGAAUAGAGUUCUUGAAGACCAGAGUAGUAUUAGCUUGGUCAAUUUCUUUCCUUGGCUGAGAAAACUGCCGGGGGACUUGUUCAAAGCAAAGAGAAUGUCUGAAAACAUGCUGGCCAUUAGGAAUGUGUUUGUUAAUUUCCUGCAGGAGAAAAAGAGGAAUGUUGAUGACUCAGAUGAAGUCCUAAAUUUUAUAGAUGCCUAUUUGAAGGAGAAGAAGAAGAAGACCAAGCCUGGAGAAUCCACCACACUGGAUGAUCAAAAUUUAAUUAAGGACAUGAUGGAUCUUUUUGGCGGUGGGACGGAAACCACCACCUCUACUAUCUACUGGUGUAUACUCUACCUGCUCAAUAAUCCGCAGGUACAAGAUAAGGUGUAUUCUGAAAUAAAAGAUGUGAUAGGAAGUGAUCGAACCCCAACAAUGCAGGACAAGGGGAACCUGAAGUACCUCAAUGCAGUCAUCAUGGAGACUGAACGUCUGGCCAAUAUUAUCCAUCUUGCUGUGCCCCACAUGUGUACUAACGAGGUCACCCUCAGAGGUUACAUCCUGCCUAAAGGUACCACAGUCUGCCUAAACCUGGACUCUGUUCUCCACGACAAGGCCACUUGGGGAGAGGACGCUCUGAACUUCUGCCCCGAGAGAUUCAUAGACAGCCAUGGCCGGGUCCAGAUUCCCAAACAGUUUAUCCCAUUCGGCAUUGGCCAUCGGAUUUGCAUUGGCGAGGCCAUGGCCAAGAUGGUUCUAUUUUUGUGCCUAGCCAGUAUGUUUCAGAAAUUCAAAUUCCUUCCAUCAAACCCACAUUCUAUUCCUCCAAUAGAAUAUCACUGUGGUGGAGUCGUGUCACCAAAACCGUACAAAGUGAGGGUUGUAGCACGACAAUAA